UUAACAGCUUCAAUUAUUCUCAUAUUAAGUUUACUUUUAACUUAUUAUUAUUGGAAUCAGAGAAAAUUACCACCUGGACCAUGGGGUGUACCCAUAUUUGGUUAUCUUCCUUGGCUUGAUCCAAAAAAACCUUAUAUUACUUUAACAAAGCUAACUAAAAAAUACGGUCCAAUUUAUGGAGUCAAUUUAGGAUCUGUAUAUACAGUUGUAUUAUCUGAUUCGAAACUAAUAAGAGAAGCUUUCACAAAAAAUGUGUACACUGGUCGAGCCCCACUUUACGUAACACAUGGAAUUAUGAAAGGCUACGGUUUAAUAUGCGCAGAAGGAGACCUUUGGAAAGAUCAACGAAAAUUCGUAGCAAGUUGUUUGAAAGAUUUAGGAAUGUCAAAAUUUGGAUCAAAUCGAUAUAAAAUGGAAUCAUGGAUUUUAAAAAGUGUUCAAGAAUUCAUUCAUAUUGUCAAUACAAAUAUCAGUCUCGGCAAAAAUAAAUUCGAUCCACAUCAUUUUUUGCAACAUUGUGUGGGAAAUUAUAUGAAUUUCAUGGUAUUUGGGGUUCAAUGGGAAAUUGAUGACCCAACAUGGAUUUGGUUGCAACAAUUACAAGAAGAAGGUACUAAAUAUAUUGGAGUUGCUGGUCCCUUGAAUUUUAUUCCAUUUUUAAGAUAUGUUCCAUUCAUGCAAAACCCACUAAAAUUUCUAUUAGAAGGAAAACAUAAAACACACGAUUUAUAUCGGAAAAUUAUAUCAGAUUAUGCACACACUAGGAAACCGAAUUCUAUAUCAGAUGAUGCCAAUGCUAGUGAGCCAAAUUUAAUUGAGAAAACUGAAAUUCAUAGAAAUCACUUCAUUGAAGCGUUUUUAAGAGAGCGUGAAAUACGUCUAAAUGAUCCAUCAGAAAAAUUCUUCUGUGAUGAACAAUUUCUGCAUUUAUUAGCCGAUUUAUUUGGAGCUGGACUGGAUACAACUUUAACGACUUUGCGAUGGUUUUUACUUUAUAUUGCCAAAAAUCAAGAAAUUCAGCAAAAAAUUUAUGAAGAAUUAAUAGGCGUGACUGGAAAAGAACGUAACCCAUGCUUAGAUGAUAUCAAACAGUUACCAUUAUUUGAAUCAUCAAUAGCUGAAACACAAAGAAUACGAUCUGUAGUACCAGUAGGAAUACCACAUGGAUCUACUGAAGAAUCGAUAUUCAAUGGCUAUCGGAUUCCACAGGGAACAAUGAUUGUACCUCUACAAUGGGCUGUUCAUAUGGAUACAAAUAUUUGGAAAAAUCCAGAUAAAUUUAAUCCAGAACGAUUUAUUAACGAUGCAGGGCAGUUUGAAAAACCUGAUUCUUUGAUACCUUUCCAAACAGGGAAACGCAUGUGUGUCGGUGAAGAAUUAGGAAAAAUGAUGCUGUUUGUGUAUGGUUUAAAUAUUUUAUACAACUUUCACAUUGAUCUCGAAGAAAAUUUCGAUGAUUUUAAUGGUAUUUGUGGAAUAACAUUGACGCCAUCGAAUUAUAAGCUUAAAUUUACGAAACGAACAUAA